AUGAAAGGAAAGGGAAUCCAAGCAGAGAGUGAUUUACAAUGCAAGGUUAAGGAGUCUGAAAUAUACAAAUACUUAAAAGGUAGGAGGUAUCUCAUAGUAGUGGACGACAUUUGGGGUAUGGAAGCUUGGGAUCACAUACAGAGGCUAUUACCUGAUGAUAAUAAUGGAAGCCGAAUCAUAUUAACCACAAGGCUAAAGAAUGUAGCUGCUUAUGCUAACUCUGCGAGCCCCAUUCAUAUGUUGCGUUUCUUGGAUGACCAACAAAGUUGGCAUUUGUUCCAGAAGAAGGUCGUCGGAGAUCAAGAUUGUCCUGUUGAGCUACAAGAAAUUGGGGAAAAAUAUGUAAAACGUUGUGAAGGAUUGCCCCUUUCAAUUGUUACUGUGGCAGGACUUUUAUCCAAGAUUGAUAGAACUCCAAAGUUGUGGAAGCGAAUUGGGGCAAAUGAUGGACAGUUGGAAACUAUAUUAUUAUCUUUGAGUUACAAACACUUGCCUCGACAUUUGAGGGAGUGUUUCUUGUAUAUGGCAGGCUUCCCUGAAGAUUAUGAGAUCCGUGUCUCAGAACUCAUCAAACUUUGGGUAGCUGAGGGCUUUUUGGAAGGUCGAGAUGAAUCUAAAACGUUGGAAGAGGUGGCGGAAGAUGUUUUGGAGGUGCUGGUCGAGCAAAGUCUAGUUUUGGUUACUAGCAAGAAGAGUGAUGGCAAAAUCAAAAGGUGCAAGCUUCAUAGCGUGGUUCGGGAUUUUUGUUCAAGACAGGCUGGGGAAGAGAAGUUCCUUCUACCUAUUAUGGAUUACUUUCCUAAUCCUAUCGUGAGAAGGCAUUUUCUUCCACAAGUGCUACAAAAUCAUCAACGCGUAAGUGUUAGUUGGUAUGAUCUUGAUCUUAAAGACUCUACGCAUAGCUCAUGCACCCGUUCUAUUAUAUGUAUUUCACAGAGAGGGUAUAGGCCCAAAGGCUCUAUAGAGAAUUUUAAGUCACUUCAGGUCCUUCACGUUUUACGUAGAAAGGAUCAUGCAUUUUGGGAGUUAGGUCAAGUGUUUGAUUUGAUUCAUCUCACUUACCUUGCUUCCAAAAUUCCUAGCAAUAUUAUUCCUUCAGCUAUAUCAAAGCUUCAUAAUCUUCAGACUUUAAUUAUUUAUAGAUCGGAGGUUAGCUUGCCUGACGAAAUUUGGAAUCUGGAGCAAUUAAGGCAUCUUAUCGCCUUUUCAUUUCUUCCUUUACCCGAUCCAAAAGAUUCAGCAAAGUCUUCUCUAAAAAACUUCCAAACACUUUCUCUGGCAACAAACUUUGUAUUCAGUUCUAGUAUGGUGCGUAAGUUUCGAAACAUUAGAAAGUUGGAAAUAUGCUACUCGUUAGAGGAGAAGUUUCGUCCAAACUACUUUGAUUUUGGUAGUCUUGGUUUGCUAAGUCGAUUGGAGAAAUUGAAAUUGGAGACGCAUUGUUCAUUUCAACUGUGUCCCAAAUUUUAUUUUCCUAGAUCGCUGAAAAAGUUGGAAUUGAGUGGAUGGAGGCUUCCUUGGACAUAUAUGAUGGUUUUUGGCCGGUUGCCUUCUCUUCAAGUGUUGAAACUAAAGAACUAUGCUUGCAGUGGGGAACUCUGGAAAACUAUUGAGGGAGGAUUUGUGGAUCUGAGACUUUUGCAUAUUGAUGAAUCUAAUCUGCAGAACUGGACAACUGAAAGUAGCCACUUUCCGAGGCUUCAGCGCCUAAUGCUUCAUCGUUGUCUGUAUUUGUCUAAGAUUGCAGUUGAUAUUGGAAAGAUUCCAACGCUUGAACUGAUUGAGAUCGAUGAUCAUAACCGAUCUCUUCUGUACUCGGCGACAGAGAUAAAAGAGAAACGGGAUGCCCUUGAAGUUCGUUUGAAGCGUUUUUGA